GGGCUAGCUGGAGACUGGGAAGCUUCCGCGCGCAAGCGCGUUGGGACCCGUCUCACCGACCUUCAGCAGGGUUGCUGCUGCCACCAUGUUGUCUCGGGCGGGCAUCGCGGGGCUGUCGGCCUGGGCCGUGCAGCCGCAAUGGAUCCAAGUUCGAAACAUGGCGACUUUGAAAGAUAUCACCAGGCGGCUAAAGUCGAUCAAAAACAUUCAGAAAAUCACCAAGUCUAUGAAAAUGGUGGCAGCAGCAAAAUACGCCCGGGCUGAGAGGGAGCUGAAGCCAGCUCGAGUCUAUGGAACAGGGUCUCUGGCUCUGUAUGAAAAGGCUGACAUUAAGCCCCCUGAAAACAAGAAGAAACACCUCCUUAUCGGUGUGUCCUCAGACCGAGGGCUUUGCGGUGCUAUUCACUCCUCAGUUGCUAAACAGAUGAAGAAUGAAGUGGCCAACCUCACAGCAGCUGGGAAAGAAGUGAUGCUUGUUGGAAUUGGUGAUAAACUCAGGGGUAUACUCUAUAGGACUCACUCUGAUCAGUUUCUGGUGACAUUCAAGGAAGUGGGGAGAAAGCCCCCUACUUUUGGAGAUGCAUCAGUUAUUGCCCUCGAGUUAUUAAAUUCUGGAUACGAAUUUGAUGAAGGUUCUAUCAUCUUUAAUCGAUUCAGGUCUGUCAUUUCCUACAAAACAGAAGGAAAGCCCAUCUUUUCUCUUGAUACAAUCGCAAGUUCUGAGAGCAUGAGUAUCUAUGAUGAUAUUGAUGCCGACGUGCUGCAAAACUAUCAAGAAUAUAAUCUGGCCAACAUCAUCUACUAUUCCCUUAAAGAGUCUACCACGAGCGAGCAGAGUGCCAGGAUGACGGCCAUGGACAACGCCAGCAAGAAUGCUUCUGAGAUGAUCGACAAGUUGACUCUGACUUUCAAUCGUACCCGCCAAGCUGUCAUCACUAAAGAGUUGAUUGAGAUCAUCUCUGGUGCUGCAGCUCUGGAUUAAUGAAAAUCAAGUUUCAUCCUCAGACAAGAGGUAAAAGAGGAAAAUUCAGCCAGCUGAUUGGGUUUAGUUGACUGCUAUCCCUGUCAGAAGAAAUUACUGGUCCAUUGUCUAUUGCUAUGACAGCAAGAUAUUUGUAAAUUAUCUUACAAUAAAUAACAAUAACAUCA